ACGCUCUGUGGAGGCGCGAGCGGUUCCGGUCUGUGAGCCUGAGGUUGCUGCUUAACCGCUUAGUUUGAGCCAUUUCUGCGUCUAGCGGGCCCUUCUGAACUUGUCACCUUUGCUUGGGGUCUCAACGACCGGAUGAUCGGUGAUCCAAGCAAGGGAAAAGAAGCCUUGGCGGAGAGCGGAGGCACGAUUCCACCUUCCUUCAUGCUCCAUUACUCAGGACUCUGAAGAUUCCAAAAAGUAGGAGGAAAAAUGACCACGUUCAAGGAGGCAGUCACCUUCAAGGACGUGGCUGUGUUCUUCACUGAGGAGGAGCUGGGGCUGCUGGACCCUGCCCAGAGGAAGCUGUACCAAGAUGUGAUGCUGGAGAACUUCACAAACCUGCUGUCAGUGGGGCAUCAACCGUUCCACCCUUUCCACUUCCUAAGGGAAGAAAAGUUUUGGAUGAUGGAGACAGCAACCCAAAGAGAGGGAAGUUCAGGAGGCAAGACUGUUGUGGAAGCAGGACCACAUGAAGACUGCCCUUGCCAGCAAAUCUGGGAACAAACUGCAAGUGACUUAACCCAGUCUCAAGACUCCAUCGUAAAUAAUUCUCACUUCUUUGAACAAGGUGAUGUCCCCUCCCAGGUUGAGGCAGGACUAUCUAUAAUUCACACAGGACAAAAACCUUCACAGAAUGGGAAGUGUAAACAAUCCUUCAGUGAUGUUGCCAUCUUUGAUCUUCCUCAGCAGUUACACUCAGGAGAGAAGUCUCAUACCUGCAAGGAGUGUGGAAAAAGCUUCUGGUACAUCUCAGCUCUUCGUAUUCACCAGAGAGUUCACUUGAGAGAGAAACUCUCUAAGUGUGACAUGUAUGGUAAGGAAUUCAGUCAGAGCUCAUGUCUGCAAACUCAUGAGAGAGUCUACACUGGAGAGAAACCAUUCAAAUGUGAGCAGUGUGGGAAAGGCUUCAGAUGUAGAGCGAUACUUCAAGUUCAUUGCAAAUUACACACAGGAGAGAAACCUUAUAUUUGUGAGAAAUGUGGGAGGGCCUUCAUUCACGAUUUCCAGCUUCAGAAACAUCAGAGAAUUCAUACUGGGGAGAAGCCAUUCAAAUGUGAAAUAUGUGGUAAGAGCUUCUGUCUUAGGUCAAGUCUUAAUAGGCAUUGCAUGGUUCACACAGCAGAGAAACUGUACAAAUCUGAGGAGUGUGGGAAAGCCUUCAUUGAUAGGCUAGAUUUGCAUAAGCAUCAGAUGAUUCACACAGGACAGAAACCGUACAAUUGUAAAGAAUGUGGGAAGAGCUUCAGAUGGUCCUCAUAUCUUUUGAUUCAUCAGCGAAUCCACAGUGGAGAAAAACCAUACAGAUGUGAGGAGUGUGGGAAGGGCUACAUUAGUAAGUCAGGUCUUAACUUGCACCAGAGGGUCCACACUGGAGAGAGACCUUAUAAUUGUAAGGAAUGUGGGAAGAGCUUUAGCCGGGCUUCAAGUAUUUUGAAUCAUAAGAAACUCCACUGCCGGAAAAAACCCUUCAAAUGUGAGGAUUGUGGAAAGAGGCUUGUACACCGGUCAUACUGUAAAGACCAACAAGGAGACCACAAUGGAGAAAACCCAUCCAAAUGUGAGGACUGUGGGAAGCGCUACAAGAGGCGCUUGAAUCUGGAUAUAAUUUUAUCAUUAUUUUUAAAUGAUAUGUAAGUUGUACAUAUUUAUGAGAUAUGGUAAGAAAUUUUAAUAUGUGUAUACAAUGUGUAAUGAUCAAAUUGAUGUAAUUAGUGUAUUACCUUAAACAUUUACCAUUUCUUUGUUUUGGGAAAAUUCAAAAUCCAUUGUUCUAGCGAUUUGAAAAGAAACAAUAAAUUAUUGUUGAUUAUAGUCA